GCUAGUUCUCCGCGCGAUUUCCACGGAGCAGGUGUCACACGAGACCAACACCCGGAGAAAGGGUGCAAAGGGAAAUUGAGAACCGGGAGCGCGAGCGAGGAAGAGAGAGAGAGAGAGAGAGAGAGAGCGGAAGAAAGAGGGCGCGAAUGAGCGUGAGAACGGAAUAGAGGCAAAGAUAGAAAGAUAAAAGUUUACAGACACUUUGAGUUUCGUGGUAAACGUCGCUCGCCGAAUUUAAAAAGGACCGAAAUGCUUUUACAAGUGCCACGUUAUCGCACCUCCGAGUUCUCGCAGCCCGCAUCAACGAGUGUCUAAAUUUAUUCUCUCAUCGCUUAAAUAUAAUCGAAAAAAUGAUCCAUUCAUUUAGCACGUUUCGUUCGCUCUGAUUGCUCUCGUUACGACGGCCUGUGAAUUAUUAUUGUUUUCAUUUUAUUUUUUUAUUCAGCGCCCCGAUAAGUUCGACGUUACGGGUAUUCGUUGUUUGUUCGCCAACUAAGUUUGAGCGCCUUCCGGAGACGGUUGCUGGCUGCACGUGACGAAGAUAUCUCCGAUCGACCGCGAACAUGCGAUUCGGAAUAAUCAGGCUGCACAAUCAUGAGGAAGCUGAAUCGACGUAACGGUCCAGUAGGCCAGGAUGGCGGCCAGUUCGCUGCUCCUCAGAGCCGUCCUCCUCUUCGGCGUCCUCAUCCUCGUUCACGGCCGAGGUGUGGUUGUGGACAGCCAAGGGCCAGUGUUGACAUCGCAGCCUCGUUCGAGCGUCGAGUUUUCGAACGACACCGGAGCAAUGAUUCAUUGUUCGGCGAAAGGAAGUCCGAGUCCCCGCGUCGACUGGCUAAUGGGAGACGGUUCGCCGGUCCAUCCGAUAUCAAACAUACGGGAGAUGCUGGCCAACGGGUCCAUGUACUUUUUGCCAUUCGGCGGUGAGAGCUACAGGGGUGACGUGCACGCUGCGGUUUACAGAUGUCAGGCAUCGAACAGCGUCGGUCGUGUGCUCGGCCGGGAAAUAACUGUGCGAGCUGUGGUCCGACAGAAGUACGACGUCGUCGUCAAGGACGCUUACGUCAGGGUGGGAAACACGGGUGUUCUCAGGUGCGAAAUACCCCCGAACGUCAAAAAACACGUGCGAGUUACCUCGUGGGUGCAGGACUCGACUUUCAACAUAUUUCCGGCCCCCGAGAGCGAUGGGAAAUAUCACAUGCUGCCGACCGGUGAACUUCUCAUAUUCGCCGUUAAUCCCGAUGACAAACAUCACGGCUACAGAUGUCGUACCGUCGAUCACGUAACCGGAGCAACGGUCGAAAGUUCAACGCUAGCGAGGCUCAUCGUCACCGAGCAUCGGAAUCCGGAGCCUCCAAGAUUUAUCGAGCGCGUGAGUCCAGCUCCGGUCCGAACGGGCGAGACGAUUGUGUUGUUCUGCAUAUCGCAGGGUUUUCCGCCCCCGAUGUAUCUCUGGUUUCGUGAGUCGGUGUCCGGGAGCGAGGUGAUCGUCAAUUCGGAAAGGGUGCGAUCCCGGGCGGGAGUUCUCGUUCUUCAGUCGGCAAGAAUCGAGGACGCCGGACGUUACGUUUGUCACGCGAACAAUAGCGCUGGAUCGGAGAGGGUCGAGCUCGAGGUUUCCAUCAUCAGCGCCCUCUCGAUUCACCUCGCGCCUCAGCAGGUCACAGUCGACCUGGGAAAAAACGCUCAGUUCCAGUGCGCAGUGACCGGUCAACCGACUCCAAUAAUAACGUGGGCAAAGGACGGACUUCCGGUUCGAGAGGGUUCCGGUCGCACGAAAGUGAUGGGCAACGGUGGCUCGACUCUCAAUAUUUAUUCCAUCACGAGGGACGACAAGGGGAUGUAUCAGUGUUUCGCUAAAAACGACUACGAAAUGGUCCAGGCGACUGCCGAGCUGCGAUUGGGAGAUGCGGCGCCCCAACUUGUAUAUAAAUUUAUCGAGCAAACAAUUCAGCCUGGUCCAUCGGUGUCUCUCAAGUGCAUAGCCACAGGAAAUCCCACGCCACAUUUCACCUGGACCCUCGAUGGGUUUCCACUUCCGCAGAACGACAGAUUUAUGAUCGGUCAGUACGUGACGGUGCACGGUGACGUAAUAUCGCACGUUAAUAUAAGCGCAGUGAGGGUUGAGGAAGGUGGUGAAUACCGUUGCUCAGCGGUUAAUAGGGUUGCCAAAGUCCAUCACUCUGCGCGUCUCAACAUUUAUGGUCUUCCUCACGUCCGCCCGAUGGGCAAAUACGCCGCUGUCGCUGGUGAAACAACCGUCAUCAAGUGUCCCGUCGCUGGUUUCCCAAUUGCCAGCAUAACCUGGGAAAAAGACGAACAACCACUGCCAACAAACCGCCGCCAGGAAGUUUCGCCGAACGGAACCCUGGUAAUUCGACACGUGGACAGCAAAACCGACCCGGGGGCUUACACGUGCACAGCAAAAAACAAGCAGGGUCGACUGGACUCGCAGACCGUUCACAUCGAAGUAAAAGUACCGCCCAAGAUAGCUCCGUUUAGCUUUAACAAGGAUUUAUCGGAAGGCGUGCGUGCCCAAGUGACGUGUGUCAUCGAACAGGGCGAUCCGCCGUUCAAGAUCGUCUGGUUGAAGGACGGUGUACCGAUAUCGAAUAAUCCGAUAUCAACGAUGAAUUACGAUUAUUCGGGGCUCGGCCUCGGCGGCUUGCGAGUCACGAGCUUCGACGCCCAUUCUAGUACCAUCGGUAUCGAGAACGUGACCGCGGCCCACACCGGAAAUUAUACUUGCGUCUCGAGUAACGCGGUUUCCGAGGUUUCUUGGACCGCUGAAUUGGUCGUUCGUGUUCCACCCCGUUGGGUGAUGGAGCCCCAAGACGUCCACGCGCCCGAGGGCAUGUCGAAAUUGGUGCUCCACUGCCACGCCGACGGUUUCCCACCGCCCGCCGUUACCUGGAGACGAGGAACCGGUACCCGGCCGGGAAACUACCGGGACAUUGCGAGCCACGAACACGCUCAGGAGUUGCGCAUUCAUUCGAACGGCUCCCUCGUCUUCGGGAGAGUCCAAGAGGACCACGAGGGUUAUUAUUUGUGCGAAGCGGUCAACGGCAUCGGCGCUGGCCUCAGUAAAGUCGUCUACUUGACCGUAAAUGCACCUGCUCACAUCGACGGAAAACAUCGAAAUCAAACGGCCCGAUUAGGCUCUAAGGCGUCGCUGAGGUGCGAAGCGAAAGGCGAUCAUCCGUUGAACAUCGUCUGGCGACGAGCCGGUUCUUCCCUCGGUCUCGAACCAGCAGUCUCCGAUUAUCGUUACAUCGUUAAGGAAAUGAACACGACUGACGGUGCCGUAAGCACCCUCGAACUACUGAGCACAACGAGGGAAGAUAGCGGACGUUAUUUUUGCAUGGCGUCCAAUUCCUACGGAAGGGACGAAGUUACAAUGCAUUUGUAUAUACAAGAACCACCAGAUUUUCCGCGUAACAUUCACGUUAUCGCGAAAGGCAGUCGGUACAUAAUUCUGGGUUGGACGACGAGUCAAGACGGCAAUAGCCCUAUAACCCAAUACAUCAUCGAGUAUAAGACUGAUCCAGGUGAGAGUCUGCAACUUUGGAUGAUAACACCACAAGUUUGGCACGAUCACACAUUUCACACGACAGUACCAGGCUCCCAGGUGAACGGGACUGUGACCGGUUUGCGUCCAGCGAUGAGCUACCAGUUUCGAAUAUUCGCUGAGAACGAAUUGGGCCGAAGUCAAGCGAGCGAUAUACUCGACGUGACGACCGACGGCGAGAAGCCUGGUGGUCCGCCGAGAAACGUCAAAGUCGAUUCCGUCAGCUCGACCGAGUUGAAAGUCAUUUGGGAUCCUCCCGACCACGAUUUAUGGAACGGCGAGAUUCUGGGCUAUCACGUUGGCUACAAGGAGUACAGAAUGUCGGCCGAACAAUAUUCGUAUCAAACCGUGGAGAGCAGAAUUUCGACGGCGAGCGUCGAGCUGGGACUGGCGAGAACAGCCAUUUCCGGUCGUCAGUGUCAAUUGAACAAUCUGAAGAAAUUCACCCGUUACAGUAUCGUGGUUCAAGCCUACAAUGCACUCGGCGAAGGCCCUUUGACGUCGGAAGUCGUCGCGACGACUCUGGAGGAUGUGCCAAGCAGCCCACCCCAAGAAAUUCGGUGCACAGCCCUGACGUCACAGUCGUUGCAAGUUUCGUGGAAUCCCCCACCGGACAAGAGUUUGAACGGGAUUUUGAAGGGUUACAAGGUGACCUGGGAGAGCAUGGAUUCGAUGACGGAAAUGGCCAAAUCGGAGCCGAAAACAACAACGUCGUUGACGGUGGUGAUCAGCAGCCUGGAAAAGCACACGAAUUACUCGAUCCAAGCGUUGGCGUAUACGCGAGCUGGGAAUGGCGUCACGUCACCGCCUUUGUACUGCGUGACCAAGGAGGACAUACCAGAAGUCCCAGCCGGUAUAAAGGCGGUCGCGAGUUCAGCAAACUCCAUCAUCAUUUCUUGGCUCCCGCCCGUUCGUGCCAACGGCGAUAUCAUUUCGUAUUACGUCUACGUCAGAAACAACGGUGGCAAAAUGAAGUCGAAUCCGAAAACUCUUCAACCCCAUCAGACGAACUGGCAAGCUGAAAAUCUCCAGGAAGGCCAUCAGUACGAAUUCGAAGUCGCCGCUGUCACGAUGAUCGGCGAGGGGCCCAGAACUUCGUCGGUCGCUGCGUCACCAUCGAGCAAUGUGAGAGCUGCAAUUUAUUCAUUCGGUACAACGCCUGUCGUGCCGUGGAAACAAGACGUGGCACUUCCGUGUCGAAGCGUCGGAAUACCAACGCCCUCGGUGACCUGGAAACAGGGCGGUCAUAUCAUAAAACCACCCAGCAAAGGAACUUCGGUUCACAGCGACGGUUCUCUCCACAUCACUAAUCUUCACCGUGGCGAUAGUGGAAAUUAUACUUGUCACGUCGAAAAUCGGCACGGCGCCGAUCAAAUAACCCAUCGACUCACUGUCCAAGUUCCACCAGCGAAGCCUCUUUUGCACGCGACAAGCGCGACGAGUAAUUCGAUAAGCGUGCAAUGGAAGAACGCGGACGACGGUGGUGCCUCGAUCCGCGGUUACAUACUUCAUUACAAGAGAAAAUUUGGCGAAUGGGAGGAAGUUAAGUUGUCGCAAAAAAUCAACAGUUUUCUACUAUCGAAAUUGUGGUGCGGAACCGACUACCAAAUCUACUUGACCGCUUAUAAUCGAAUCGGCAUGGGACAACCGAGCGAGACGAUAAACGCUACGACCGAUGGUUCCAAACCCGAAAACUCGCCGACCAACGGCGACCGUUUUAUCACCGUGAACGUUUCCUGGAUCGUUAUACAUUUGAACGCCUGGAACGACGGCGGUUGUCCGAUCACGUACUUCGAGCUCGAGUACAAACGCAACAGGGAAGACUUCUGGACUCUCGUUUCUAAUAAUAUUGAGCCCCAAAGAUCGUACACUCUCAGCGAACUUCAACCAGGCACGACUUACGAGAUUCGUGUCCGCGCCCACAACAACGCAGGCUCAUCGAGCGCCGAGUACAAAAUAACGACGCUGCAACCUCACAGCACCUCAACCGUGCCAGCGAUCGAGAUCGAUCAUUACGUUCCUCAGCAAACGCCAGUCUAUUCGGAUCUCAAAUUAAUCGUUCCUCUGAUCCUCAGCUCCUUCGCUAUUAUCGCUGCCGCCGGGGCUGUUUUUUACUGCUUCAGAAAACGUCCUUUAUUGGGAGACAUUGCGAGUCUUCACGAUGCUCAAACCGCCGCAGCCCUGGACAAUAAACAAAACAUGGAACAACGAGAGCAAUACUACGCGACGGUGCUCAAACCUUUGCGCUCCCCCAUCCACGAAAUGGGCACGCUCGAAAGAAUACCCGAAUACUCCGAGGACAUUUAUCCAUACGCGACCUUCCAACUGAAGGAAAGUGUGCCAGCGGGUGGUGACAGUCGCUGCGAGUCGGCGGCUCCUUUGCAGACAUUCGUUUAUCACGAUCCGCGUCAGUCGAGUGCGGAUACGCUGCAGCUCCGCGAGUCGGAUUGCAACCGGUACACUAAGGUUCGCGGAGGCCGUUCGUACUCUGCGCCGUUGCAUAAAACGCACAAGCUCGCACAGGGCAAGUCCGAGUCGGAAGAGUACGACACCCUGGGCUCGGACAGCGACACGGAAGUCGGGACCAGCAGCCGUACCGAGUCUUCCAAUCACCUCGUCGAUUCGCACCACUCGGCCUUCGCAGCCGAUCCCCGUGUCCACAACUUCCUGUACCAUGGACCAGAAUCUAGCACGUCUACAGAACCCUCACCGAUUUUUGAGAGAAAAUCGUUUCCUGGACGGGGACGACCCAAGAUGUUACAGUUGGCGCGUCAUACCGAGGAGGCCCGUUCAAAUUUCGGGACAAUCCCCAGGCCUGGCAAUUCCAAGCACCAGUCGAGCUGUGUCGGCAGGGAGCAGGAGCGUGGUGAUGGAUCGGGAAACCUGUUCAUCCCCAAGUUGGACCCACCCACGGGGUUCACCGACUCGCAUGAGUUAAGCGAGGCCGAGUGCGAUUUAGAUCGUGGUCGUCCACGCGGCGGUAGCCAGCGACAUAUUCGUGACUUCGUUAUUGCGGUGUAAAUAAAUGUCAAAACGUUUAAACUCAUCCCUUCUCGCCUGUCUUCCUUCUCGAAAUGCCAAUUCCGAUUUUCGACACUUUCCAUUUCACUAUUUUUCAUUAAUCCUUCCAAAACAAACGGCCACUUAUAAAAGUUUUACCGAAGAACAUGAAGAUUCAAUUUCACGUGGACGAGUUCGAAUAAAUCGAAAAAAAUCAAAUGAAACAAACGAACGAGACAACGAUCGACAAACGCGCCGGUAAACAUAACCUCGAAGUGUAACGAGCGAGCACAGCCACCGUUCGAUCAAACCAAUCCUUUGUUUCGAGUCUCAACGUACGAAAAUAACGAACACGCGAUACCAUUAUUACAUCUGAAACAUGAAAACUAACGAAAAGCCAACAAUCCCAGAACACGAACACACGGUCUCUCUAUCUCUCAUCUCUAUCUCCUGUUGAUAUAUCGUAUAUACUUUAUGAUAAUAAAUGAUUUACCGAGUGGCAAAAUGAAUGCGACGAAAGGUUGAAAUUAAAAAGAGAAAUGAAAAACAAAAAAUAUAUAAAAUGAAGAAGAAAUUGAACAAAAACAAAGAACAUAAAAGGGAAAUCAGGUUAUAAGGAAAACAAGGAAUACACGGAUUCGACACUUUUGUGUUUUAGUCGACUAUGUAGAUUAUUUGUAUUCUAUUUACUUUGUAAAAUAUACAAUAUUGAUUCCGAUAUAA